AAGAGGCACUAGAGGGGUCCAAUUUGUCUGUUCGCCUCCUAAACCUUCUUCCGAAAAAAUAAUGUCGACUGAAAACGAUAACGACUCAGGCGACGGCCACGAUCUCGACCACCACGGUCGAAUAAGCAGAGACUCGACGAGCCCAGUUAACGAACUCAGCAGUCACUUGGAAUCCUAUCCCAAGCGGCGGCGGAGGAGGGGUAGAAGUGAGAGCACCGUCGAUCGAAUCAGUAAGUUGUCUGACCAUUCACUCCUUCACAUUCUCUCCUUCUUACAGAUUGAAGAUGCCAUCAAAACCCAAUUGUUGUCCAAACGAUGGCAGUACCUGUGGACUUACCUUCCGUCCCUCGUAUUCCGCUCCUACCGUUCCGAUUUUGUUGAGAGAGACGUUUUCAAAUUUGCUGACUUUGUUGAUGGAACCCUAACCCUCUGCAAAUGCUCCAUGCUGAAGAAAUUCGCGGUUAAUUUUCGUUCUAGUUACGACCCUCGUAUCGAGACCAAAGUUAAUUUGUGGACACGCUUUGCAGUAGCGAAGGGGACUGAGGUUCUUCACCUUAAUUUCAAUGCUUCAGAGGAUCCGAUGGUUGCGUAUUGUCCGUACGAGUUGCCUCGACGUUUAUACACAAGCUCGUCGUUCCGAGAAUUGCAUUUUUCUCUUUGCAGAGUAACGCCUAAGGGAGUGGUUGGCUGGAAUUCACUGAAGAAAUUGUCAAUUGGGUAUGUGGUAUUGAGUGAUGAGUUGAUCCAGAAGAUAUUACGUGGUAGUCCUGUGUUGGAGAUUUUGGAGUUGUAUUACUUUCAAGGUGUCAGUCGUUUGCAUUUGGGUUAUGCAAGUUUGAAAAAGUUGAUCCUGAGGGAAUAUUGGGACGAUAUCAAUAUUUCUGAUGACUCUAAGUUGGAAAUAUCUGCUCCUUAUCUUCAGUCAAUGGAGAUGUUGGGUUGUUUGGAAAGGAAGAAUUGUCGGCUGCUGGAUGUUUCUUCUCUGGUUGAUGCUACCCUUAGUUUUGACUUGCGUCAUGAAGAAGAUGUCUUGGAGGAUUAUGAAAGAGACCAAAAUAUCUUGAGAGGACUUCUUGAGAGCCUUGCCCAUGUGAAGAAUAUUACAUUAGGUACUUGGGCUCUACAGGUGCUGUCAAUAAUGGAAGCAAAAUUUUUGCCCUCUCCACUACUGAAGUGCGUAUGUUUAACACUAGAUGCGGGUAUCAGUAAAACAAUCCUUCCUGGUAUACAAAACCUGUUGGGAAGUUCACCUAAUCUUGAGACAUUAGUCAUAACCUUGUCCUCUUCCAACGGCUACCAUGAGCAUUUUGGGGAAACUCUCACCAAACUUUGCAAUUUUGAUGAAAAGCUCUAUUGGAAAUCACAAAAGAGGGCUUUUGGGUGUCUAAUGCUGCAUCUCAAGAAAGUUAAGUUUGCUGGUGUAAGAUGGUUAUAUCAUGACAUGAACUUUGAUUUCGUACAAUUUCUGCUAGAGAAUGCAAGGAUGCUGCAAAAGAUGGUUUUCGAUGCUGUAAGAGAUAAUGUUAAAAUGAAUACGGAAUUUGUCCAAAAGAUUUUAAGUUUUCCAAGAUCUUCUCCCAAUGCAAUGGUAAUGUUCUAUGAGUGAAAUGGACAGCUUCAGUAAUUUGAUUUUCUGAGUGUAGUUUAGUUAUGAGCUUGUAGAAUGUAAUGUUUCUCUUUUUAGAAGUGCAACCAUGCACUCUAUUGGAUAUCUUGGUAGUCUCAAGUUCAACAGGUUGAACUUUAUUAGCUGUUUGAUUUGUGAGCUAUCCUUGACACUUUUUUUUGUUCGGCAUGAGCUAUCAUUUGUAGUAGUAACUGUAUUAUGGGUGAAUAUCAUCUAAGUUCGAUUGAAUCAGAGAUUUGUGGAGUAUUGACCA